UCCUCUCCUACGAAUAUUCGUAUAUCUACCUCUCUACUUACUAACAAUCCUCCCUGUUUCUGAGAAAUUAACCCGGAGUCCAGUAAAUAAGUUAGAAAAACGUUUCGUAUUUCUGCCAGAAAAUACGAGCGACCACGCCUCCCACCCCAUCUGGAUCCGCCGCCUCCACGCCACCGGCCGGCGUCCUCCGCCACGCCAUCCACCGCCGUGCCGUCCUCCCCGCACCGCGGCCUGCCUCCUCUCCGCCGUGCCCUCCUCCUCGCGCCGUCCGAGUCCUCCGCGCGCCGUUCGCCGACGCCGAGGCCCAGGCCAGCCCGCUCCGGGCCCGCGCCGCCGACGGCGACGGGCUGCUCAGCACGCUUCUCGCUGCCAUGGGCAACGACCGGGAGGAGGAGGAGGACGCGCAGGAGGCGGGGUAGCGUCAGAAUCAGCGCACGUCGGAUCCAGCAUGCUGCUCCUCUCCCUUCCCAAGUCGCCCUGGAUCUCGCGAUGCUGGAGGUGGCCGCGGUCGUUGCUAUGGAGGGCUCGCCACCCGCCUCCGGAGUCCCACGUCCUCGAGAUCAACGAGAUUGCCAAGCCGAGGUCAUCAUCUCUCGACGGGCUCCUCCAUCACUUCUGGUUUCACACAAUGGCUGUGGGCUGCCUCUCCCUCUCGAUCCUGCGCUCCUCCUCCUCCGGUUCAGGUUUCAGGCCGUGGCUUAUGGUCGCCUCUCCAUAUCCAUCCUUCCAAUCUGGAGCACAGGUGGAGAGCCUGGCUGUGUGUGGCGGAGAUGGCGCCCCGCAUCUGCGCCCUAUAAGCCCAGACAGAGCUCCGCCGAGGCCAUGACCUCCACAGGAUUCGAUAGCCAUGCCCUGGAGAGAGACAGCUCACAAAUUAGUGCAGUUAACAAGAAGCAAUUGAACCGAAGAUCUUACGAGAUGGCUUGCAAAUCCAGCGGAGGAUCACAGGUGUACUGCCAGCAGUUUCAAUUUAACCGGGUGGUUGCCAUCAUCGUGAGACUACCAACUGGAGGAGCUGCAACGGCUCUUUAUUCCAGCCGUAUCCGAUGCCCCGAGCCGGAACUUUCAGGUCACCUACAGCACACGGUGCUCGUGGCGCGCCGUUGGCGCCGGCGUCGGCGGGGACACGGGAAGGUGCUCGUUGCCGCGCUCCCGGAACCCCUCAAGCAGCUCAUGCUCGUUCGGCCGUGCAGGACGGCGUUGUAGCACUAUCAUUGGAUGUGAAUCGCAUCAAAAUCGGAAUCAGUCUGCGCGCUAAUGUGGCGUGUUUCCGCCUUUGCUACACUGUGAUUGACUGAUGGUUAGAUCGUUGAUGCUGCAGUCUGAUGAGGUCUCGGGGUGUGUCUUGUGCUUGAUUUUUGACACCACGAGCUCCUGGUGAGUUUGCUCCCCUGAGUCAUUAUAGAGGGAAUGAGAUGGUCAGAAGGGAGAAGAACAAAAAACCUUGCUGCCGGAGAUGACAUCCACACCAUUUUUUGUGUGUUGGAGUGAUUGAACCAUGGCAAUCAGAGCUGCAUAUAUAUUCCAUUCUGUACACCAAGAGAUUAUGCUAUUUUCCUUUUACUGAAGCAGUUAUGAUUGAGUAGUACAUUGUUAUCAUUCUCAACAACUUCAUUCAUGACACCUUUGAUACUCAUGUAUGAGAAAGAACUUUCAGUGAUUGAGUUACUUUAUUUGACUUUAUGUUGUUCAGGAGGGGAGGCCGCAAGGCGGGAGAGCCAGCAGCGGCAUUCUGUUUGGGGAUGCGUGGAUCUGGUGAUGCUGGAGCAGGGGAACAGGAAACAUCACAUCCGCAACGGCGUUUCAAAUAGCCAAUUUACCUUUCUCCCUAAAGGUUUCUUGCUCUGCUGUCAGUAUCACUGGUCUUGGGGUUUAGAUUUUGUCAAUAUCAAAAUCUGGGUACUUACCAGCAAACGAGUUGUUGAUCUAUUUACUUAGUCAAGUUCAUUUCUGCUAUGUUCUUCAGUCAAGCUUCAGCUUCUAGCCUUGAUUAAAUGGCAAUGAUAUUCUCCAAAACCUACUAAUGUCAGAAAUCCUGCUACCCAACAGGAUGGUCUGCCAAGUGAUGUGAGCACUAAGUGUGUGGCACACGUUCAUUAGGAUUGCAAACAAGAUUUGAGAUGUAGGUCAAAUUUUGGAAAAUUAUGGGUCUGCGGGUACAAAAUUACAUGUAGGCAAUUUUACGGUUUUCUGAGAUUAAAGAUUCAAGCAUGAAUGUGAAUAUAGUUCCAUGGUUUUUUUGCUGACAGGUUUUCUUAUAUUUACUUCUCUUUGUAUGAUAUUGGAAUUUAUAUGCUUACUUAACUGUUCAAAGAUAUCUGUUUUGUUUGUCGAUUGGAAGUUACCACAUUAAGCUUGAGUCUAUGUGAAUUGACACACUGUUUGGAACAAAAUAAAACUUAGUACUGUAGUACAAUUUGGUGGUUAAAUUACUCCUUACCUCGACAUUCUAAUAAUCUGUAAUAAGGAUAGUUCGCAUUGGUCAUGCAAGAUCACUUGUGGGAAAUUGGUGGCUUGCUGUUGUUGUACUUCACAAUUUCUGUUGUUUCUGUUUAUUUCACAUUUUUUUAUUUACUGCAAUUUGCAAAACAGAAGUAUUAGCAUAACUGGAAUUUCUGUUUGUGUUUUUUACAGAGGGAACAUCGUCUGAUGGGACAGCUCCUGAAUCAAUGUCACAUAAGG